CCUUUUUAGUUAUGAUCAUCGGGUGAUCCCGGCCGGUAAAUUCUUCCCACGCUCACGCGCUCCAGUUUCUCUAACUCAACCGUCGAGCUGGCCAAUUCCCAUCCAUCCAUUAAUCCCUUUCCAACCUCAUAACCGCUCUACACACCAAAAAGCAGCAGCAGCGACUAUGUCCCGUCUGCUCGCGACUCUGCGCUCUGCGCGUGUGGCACAGCCAUCAAAGACGCUUGGCCGCCGACUGAACUCGACCAGCUCGACUCAGCAGAAGGCGCAGGAGAAAGCGCAGGAGGCGUUGGUUGCGGCACAAAAGGGUCUUGCAAAGGCAGUGGAGGCUGCUAAGAAGGCGAGUGGUGGUGUUGGAGAGCGAGCGGGUAGCAUGCUUGGAUCUUACCGCGAACCAAUCGUAUACAACCUUCAAGUAGGCCGCGAGUUGGUCAAGCAGGUGUACAUCGCAGAGCGAUUGCAGCCUCCGUCAAUGUCUACCUUCCAGAGCGUAUACCAAACGCUCUGGCAACGCACAACCAACCUGAACUACUGGCGCGAAUUAGCUCGUACAGGCGAAUACAAACGUGUGGGUAUCUAUGCAUUGGAAGCAUACGGGAUUUUCAAGAUUGGGGAGAUCCUUGGGCGCAGACAUCUCGUUGGGUACAAAUUGGACUGAUAGAGCACAAUUUUUCACAAUUUCCUCGUUGAGGAGUAAUUAUUACAUUGCACAUCUGCUUUCGACUUUUCUCGAGCGAUAGACUACGCACUGUGACUGUACCAAAGACUCGAACCAACCAAGCGACUUGAUUAUUUGUUGCCAAGACCUG